AACAUUCAUCAUUAGUAAUUAAUGGUAAUUUCCCCCCUCUCUCACAAAAUUACUCACAGUUGAGCAGUACAACACUUGUCUAAGCAGCAAGACGAAGAAUAAGACUUGGGUAAAUGGCGAUGGAGAGAGGUGAGCUGAUUUACAAAAUUUAUAGAGCCCUAACGUAUGGAUUAUCGCCGCUGAUUCAGCUUCACCUCCGGUGGCGCAAAUUCCGCGGCUUGGAACAUCCUCUCCGCUGGCGCGAGCGUCUCGGACUCCCUUCUCUCUCUCGCCCCCCUGGCCCUCUCUUCUGGUUCCACGCUGUCUCCCUUGGUGAAGGAAUGUGUGCGAUUCCUGUUAUCAAAAGCUGCAUAGAGAGGAGGCCUGAUGUAACUGUUUUGAUGACCACAACCACCAAGUCAGCAUUUGAGGUAAUAAAGCACCAGCUUCCAAAUAAUGUCAUUUAUCAGUUUUCUCCAGUUGACACUCCUGGCGCCAUUGAUGCUUUCCUUCGUUAUUGGAAACCAAGUGCAAUCAUGUUAAUGGAAAGUGAACUCUGGCCAAACCUGAUUAUAGGUGCUGCAAAAAAUAGGAUUGCACUUGCAUUGCUUAAUGCUCGAAUAUCUGCAAAAUCUUAUGACAGUUGGUCUCAGCCAUUAGUUAAUUCUCUGACAUCAUUAAUGCUCUCUAAAUUCUUGCUGAUUCUUCCACUGAGCACUACCCAGGCAAUUCGCUUUCAACUGCUGCAGUGUCCACCCUUCGUCAUAAAUUUUUGCGGUGACCUAAAGUAUGCCGUAGGGAACAUUGACACAAAUGAAGAGGAUCAAAGAGCGCUGAAAGAGUUACAGGUACAGCUUAUGGACAGAAAGGUUUGGAUGGCAUCUUCUAUUCAUAAGGGUGAAGAAAAAGUUAUGUUAGGAGUACACAACGCACUAAAGCAAAUACAUCCGGAUAUCAUUACCAUCAUUGUGCCCAGGCAUCCUCAGCAUGGAGAACAAAUUGCUUUGGAAUUGGAGAAAGCAGGAGUAAGGGUAGCAUUACGGUCACGUCAUGAUAAGCUCAUGCCAGGGACAAACAUAUAUGUGGUUGACACAUUAGGUGAAUUACAAAAGUUUUACAGACUAACACCAAUAGCUGUGAUUGGAGGUUCAUUUCUACCAGGUUUAGCUGGUCAUAAUAUUUCAGAAGCCGCUGCAGCAGGCUGUGCUAUUUUGACUGGUCCUUAUAUCGGUCAUUUCUCUCAUAUGGCGACACAGAUGCAGCGCUCGAAUCCUUUGUCAGUAUUACAGGUUUCUGGACACAUUCUUGUUGAAGCUCUCAGCAACCUUCUUAGUGAUGCAAAACUUUUGGAAAAACGUCAAGAAGCUGCUAAGCAAGCUUAUCAUGCUCUGUCUUGUGGGAUCACAGAAAAAGUUUGGAGCCUUCUAGACUUCCACAUUUUUCGGAUUGCACUGGCAAACCAAGAUUGUACUUAGUAAAGAUCAGCCUAAGAGGACAAGGAUUUUUAAGGGAAGGCCUCAAAUGGAAGUGUAUCACAAAUAUCAGUCCAGUGACGAUGAUGCUUGAUUGGCUAGAGGUGAUGUUAUUGCUGGAAUACUAACUGUUAAGGCAUACAAGAGGAGCAGCAGAAAUUCUUCUUCCCAGUGAGAUUGUUCAAAGCUUGAAAUGAAGAACAUGAUAAUCUGAAUGGAGUGCAUUUGCACGUUUGUGGAUUGGACGCGAAGUUCAUGGCUACUAUGACCAAUACUUUGAAAUUUCUUCCAUCUCUGGGAUAAUUUGCUGAUUAAAGUUAUUCACAUCUUGCAUGGCUUCUCCACUACUGUAUAUUGGUUUAUUCCCUAACUGCUCAAGCAUCUUUCUGAGUUUCGCAAUAAUUUCAUCUUCUAUCGGGAUCAUAUACACAGCAUUCAUCAGUACUCUAUUCUGGGAAUAACUGCCUGGAAUGGUGACUGUUGUUGUGGUAACAUAUAAAUGCAGUAUAAUCUUCACCGUAGAAGCGACUUAUAGACGAGAAAACGUCCAGAAAUUUGUUCCGAUAACAAUUUCUUGCAGUUAUGGCGGACUAUGUCUGGGCAUGAACAAUGACAACAUUGACUAAUGCUGAGAAGUAGAGUAUACUAUGUGUUCAACAUACAAAAUGCAGAUCAAAUUAACUAGAACAACUGUUUUUUUUUGUACAAUUGUGGUAUUUGGGCGAGCAUAAUUACUAAUUUCACAGAUUUCAUACUUACUACCUUCCACUAGA